GAUCCAUCCUCCAGAUUAUAUAUAUCCCCUUCACUUCCAAUUCGCCACCAUCCACCCCUCCAUCACCAUGUCCAGAACACAGGCUGCCAUCCUCAGACCACUCGCCACCUCCUCCAGGGCAGCGGUGAGCUCGCUCAGGGCCACUCGCUCCACCGUCGCCCGGUCAUUUGCUAGUAGCUCUCGCCAGCAGCUCGCCACCUCUUCAUCAGCUUUCGCCGGUAUUCGUGCUUUCCACGGCCAUGAACUGAGACGCAAACCCCUCGCCCUCUUCUCCCACCAACAACGCCGAACGAUGUUCAUCCAAACCGAAACAACACCCAACGAAGCGUCCCUCAAGUUCAUCCCCGGUGUCGAAGUCACCCACGGAUCAGCGCACGAAUUCCUCGACCUCCGCUCCGCCCUCGCCUCGCCCCUUGCCACCCGUCUCCUCACGAUCGAGGGCAUCACGGGCGUCUUUUUCGGGCCGGACUUUGUGACGUGCUCGAAAGAUGAGUCGCUCGCUUGGUCGGUGUUGAAGCCAGAAGUCUUUGCCGUCUUGAUGGAACACUUUUCCUCUGGUGCGCCGUUGUUCAAAGAAGGGUCCGGCGAGACGACGGCAGAAGACACAAGAGUCCUCGAUACAGAUUCCGAAGUCGUCGCCAUGAUUAAAGAACUGCUCGAGACCCGUGUGCGCCCGGCGAUCAUGGAAGACGGCGGUGAUAUCGAGUACAGAGGGUUCAAUGAAGAGACGGGGAUGGUGCAGCUCAAGUUGAAGGGGAGUUGUAGGGGGUGCAGUUCGAGUAGCGUGACGUUGAAGAAUGGGAUUGAGAGGAUGUUGAUGCACUAUGUGCCGGAGGUGCAGUGUGUCGAGCAGGUGCUGGAUGAGGAAGAGCAAAUCGCGUUGGACGAGUUUGCCAAGCUCGAAGCUAGGUUGGAGAAGGAGCACGGCAAGAAGCCUGAUGGCAAGCCCGAGUAAGUCCUACUCGCCAUCUUCCGUCUUCUCCCGUCUUCUGAUGAGGACAAACGCUGACAAUGUUGAUAGUAUGAGCCAGUACAUGUCUGCUUAAAACGACGGACGAGAUCCGUGAAGGGGAGUUUUACGGUUUAACGCAUAAUAGCACCAGCACCAUUAGAUGUCGACCAUGUACUGUAUCAUUGCA